UUGUGAGACGGGUGCAGAAUUCAAAUUGAACAUUCAACUUUUGUUUGCCUGCCAGCCCGUGAACCGUCAAAGGAGCCGACAUUAACAUAUAGUAUUGUUGUUGAAAUUGCUUUUUGCCAGGAUGGAUUGCAGCUCCCAUGCCGCUGAGUUGCAGCGGCUGCGAUGCCGACUGAAGGAGAAGGAGGAGGCGGUGCAGAAGGCGGCCCAGUUUGGCCUUCAGAUCCUGGAUGACCAAGUGAACAUGCAGAACAAGUUGGAUGAGCAGCGAAUAGAAAUGACCAAUGCUAAUGAGGCUCUGGAGCAGGAGAAAUAUUCCCUCCAGCGUGAGGUGGAGCUGAAGACGCGUAUCCUGGACAGCGUGCAGUCUGAGCUGGAUGAUGUGAAGAAACAGCAGAGGUGUCUGAUGGAGCAGCAGGAGGCCCAGCUCGAGAGGAGUCACGCCCAGGAGCUCAGUGACAACAAGAACCAGAUGGAGCGCCUGAAGAUGGAGCGGGAUGAGGCACAGCUGGCAGAGAAGCAGCUGCGGCACAAGCUGGAGGUGCAGACCGUAACCCUGAGCAACAAGACUGACGAGCUGCGCUCCAUGACCGAACGAGCCCACGAGACCAUGUCCUCCGAAAUCCUGGAGCUGCAGGUCCAGAGAAUGGAAACGGAGUCUGAACUGGCUGACCUGAAGCAGGAGCUCCAGGAGUGCCAGUACAGAGAGCAGCAGCUGCAGCUGUCAAACACCAGCCUGCAUCGGCAGGUGGAGCGACUGACCGAGGAAAAGGAGGAUCGGGAGAGGGAAGCCGUCUCGUGCUAUAAUGCUCUGGAGAAAGCCCGUGAAACCAACCAGGACCUGCAGAUCCAGCUGGACCAGCUGCUUCAGAAGGCCCAGGAUCCAAACAGCAGAGGAAACUCUCUAUUUGCUGAGGUGGAGGACAAGCGAGCUGAGAUGGAGAGGCAGUUAAUCAGCAUGAAAGUCCAGUGCAAGUCCCUGCAGCAGCAGCAUGCCUUCUCCAAGCAGCAGAUGCAUCGCAUGAAGGUGCAGAUCGCUGCGCUGAUGCAGCUGCAGGGCGCAGGCGCAGACCCGGAGCAGCUGGAGCGCAUGCAGUCCAUGCUGUCGCAGAAGAACGCUGAGAUCGAAGCACUCGUCACCAAAGUGCGGAGGCUGGAAUCUGAUCAGAAUACUCUGAAGGCUAUGUGCCCGCCCGGCGCACCUGCAGAUGGUGACACACAUGAUGACACUUACUACACGGAUCUCCUUCAAAUGAAACUGUCCAAUUCUGUUAAAGACUCUGAGCAGCUGAAGGCUGAGCUGUCCCUGCAGAGAAUGAAGGCUCUGUCUGAGAGCCAGAGGGUGCUGGAGACGGAGAGGAAGCUGUACACCACGCAGCAGGCCCUCAAACAGAGCCAAGGGGACAGCAUCAAGCUGCAGGUCAAAGUGGAGGAACUGCGUCUGAAAUACGAGCCGAAUGAGGUGGGUAAAGGCCGCGUCCAGAAGCGCCGGCGAGAGAAGCUUCCGGUUGAUCUCCCCCCUGGAGGCCCCGAGCUGAGCCAAGAUGCCCCCGCUGCCAUGGAGACGGAGCUGGCCAGCGGCCCAGAGGCCGACCCCUCUGAGCCAGAGCCGGGGCCCCCCCAGUGCCCUGAGGAGAAACCUGUAGUGGCUCCUCUGCAGCCUUCCAAUGCCCCUCUCUUAACCCCCACACAGCCACGCGACAGCAAGUGUGUCCGCAUCUCGGACGAGCCGCCAGUCAUUAUCCCAAAGCCGCCCAGGUCCCCAUCAGAGGACGGCAGUAUGACAGAAGAGACGGACGCCAGGCAGGCAGAGGAGAACUGGCGUGAGGAGAAGAAAAAGAAGUCGAAGUGUCCCACCCCAAUCCGUGUUGUCCCAAAUAAUACGAUGCAAAACCAGUGUGCCCAGCAGUAGUUCUGAACCAGCACUCGAGAAUUAACACUGGCUCAAAUAACGAGAUUUAUUGUGUU